AUGGCCGAGGGCGCGGCCGCCAGCGACGGUCCCGCGCCGCCCGACGCGGCCGCGGGCGAAGACGACCCUCGAGCCGGCCCCGACGCUGCGGAAGGCGACGCGGUCGCGGUCGCCCCCGGGGGUCGCGCGAGGGACCGGCGGAGCGGGCUGGCCCUGGCCAGCGCCGUGGCGGCCCCGGCGGACAGCGAGGCCGGCCUCCUGGAAGCGGCGCGAGCGACCCCCCGGCGCAGCAGCAUCAUCAAGGAUCCUUCAAAUCAAAAAUGUGGUGGAAGAAAGAAAACAGUGUCUUUCAGCAGCAUGCCAUCAGAAAAGAAGAUCAGCAGUGCACAGGACUGCAUCAGCUUCAUGCAGGCUGGCUGUGAGCUGAGGAAAGUCCGGCCAAAUUCCCGCAUUUAUAACCGGUUCUUUACUUUGGACACAGACCUCCAAGCUCUUCGCUGGGAACCUUCUAAAAAAGAUCUUGAGAAAGCUAAGCUUGACAUUUCUGCCAUAAAAGAGAUCAGGCUGGGGAAGAACACAGAGACCUUUAGAAACAAUGGCCUUGCUGACCAGAUUUGUGAGGACUCUGCUUUCUCCAUACUCCAUGGGGAGAACUAUGAGUCUCUGGACCUGGUUGCUCAUUCAGCAGAUGUGGCAAACAUCUGGGUGUCUGGGUUACGGUACCUGGUUUCUCGCAGUAAGCAACCCCUUGAUUUUAUGGAGGACAACCAGAACACACCUCGGCUCAUGUGGUUGAAAACAGUGUUUGAAGCCGCAGAUGUUGACGGGAAUGGGAUUAUGUUGGAAGACACUUCUGUAGAGUUAAUAAAACAACUCAAUCCUACCCUGAAGGAAUCCAAGAUCAGGUUAAAGUUUAAGGAAAUUCAGAAGAGCAAAGAGAAACUAACCACUCGAGUGACAGAAGAGGAAUUUUGUGAAGCUUUUUGUGAACUUUGCACCAGGCCAGAAGUGUAUUUCUUACUUGUCCAGAUAUCCAAAAACAAAGAAUAUUUGGAUGCCAAUGAUCUCAUGCUAUUUUUAGAAGCUGAGCAAGGGGUCACCCAUAUCACAGAGGAUAUGUGCUUAGACAUCAUUAGGAGAUACGAACUUUCUGAAGAGGGCCGUCAGAAAGGGUUCCUGGCAAUUGAUGGCUUUACCCAGUACUUAUUGUCACCAGAAUGUGAUAUUUUUGACCCAGAACAAAAAAAGGUUUCCCAAGAUAUGACUCAACCUUUAUCUCACUACUAUAUCAAUGCCUCUCAUAAUACCUACCUGAUCGAAGACCAGUUCAGGGGACCAGCUGAUAUCAAUGGGUAUGUGAGGGCUCUGAAAAUGGGCUGCCGAAGCCUUGAACUUGAUGUGAGUGAUGGGUCAGAUAAUGAACCAAUCCUCUGUAACAGAAACAACAUGGCGCUGCACAUUCCCUUUCGAAGUGUGGUCGAGGUGAUAAGUAAGUUUGCCUUUGUUGCCUCUGAGUACCCACUCAUUCUCUGCCUGGGGAAUCACUGCUCCCUGCCACAGCAAAAGGUCAUGGCUCAGCAGAUGAAAAAAGUAUUUGGUGAUAAACUCUAUACUGAAGCACCUUUGCCAUCAGAGUCCUACCUCCCAUCACCUGAAAAAUUAAAAAGAAUGAUCAUUGUGAAGGGAAAGAAAUUACCUUCGGAUUCAGACCUGUCAGAAGGAGAAGUAACAGAUGAGGAUGAAGAAGUUGAAGCAUCUGGAAGGGCAUCAGCAGAUCACAAUGGUGAGCAGAGACACGCCUGGCUCUGUAGGGAACUCUCUGAUUUGGUAUCUAUUUGUAAAUCCGUUCAGUACAGGGAUUUCGAACUGUCUAUGAAGAGCCAGAACUACUGGGAAAUUUGUUCAUUUAGUGAAACAGAAGCCAGCCGAAUUGCCAAUGAAUACCCUGAGGAUUUUGUCAAUUACAAUAAGAAGUUCUUGUCAAGGAUCUACCCUAGUGCCAUGCGGAUUGAUUCCAGCAACUUGAAUCCACAGGACUUUUGGAAUUGUGGCUGUCAGAUUGUGGCCAUGAACUUUCAGACUCCGGGUCCAAUGAUGGACCUUCACACUGGCUGGUUUCUUCAAAAUGGAGGAUGUGGCUAUGUCCUGAGGCCAUCUAUCAUGCGAGAUGAAGUUUCUUAUUUCAGUGCAAACACAAAGGGCAUUGUACCAGGAGUAUCUCCCCUGGCUCUUCACAUCAAGAUCAUCAGUGGCCAGAAUUUCCCAAAGCCCAAGGGAGCUUGUGCCAAAGGGGAUGUCAUCGACCCCUAUGUUUGUAUAGAGAUACAUGGGAUUCCAGCAGACUGUUCUGAGCAAAGAACUAAAACUGUACAACAAAACAGUGAUAAUCCUAUUUUUGAUGAAACUUUUGAGUUUCAAGUAAACCUUCCUGAGCUGGCGAUGAUCCGCUUUGUGGUGCUGGAUGAUGAUUACAUUGGGGACGAGUUCAUAGGACAGUACACGAUACCGUUUGAGUGCCUGCAGCCUGGGUACCGACAUGUUCCCCUGCGCUCUUUUGUGGGUGACAUCAUGGAGCACGUAACCCUUUUUGUCCACAUAGCAAUAACCAAUCGAAGUGGAGGAGGAAAAGCUCAAAAACGCAGCCUUUCUGUGAGAAUGGGGAAGAAAGUUCGAGAAUAUACCAUGCUCAGGAAUAUUGGUCUCAAAACCAUAGAUGAUGUCUUCAAAAUAGCAGUUCAGCCCUUACGAGAAGCCAUAGAUAUGAGAGAAAACAUGCAGAACGCGAUAGUGUCUGUUAAGGAGCUGUGUGGACUCCCUCCGAUUGCCAGUCUGAAGCAGUGCCUGUUAACCCUGUCCUCUCGUCUCAUCACCAGUGACAAUACUCCCUCGGUGUCUCUUGUGGUGAAAGACAGCUUUCCUUACCUGGAACCUCUUGGUACCAUCCCAGAUGUGCAGAGGAAGAUGCUGGCUGCAUAUGAUCUGAUGAUUCAAGAGAGCCGGUUCCUCAUAGAAAUGGCGGACACAGUCCAAGAGAAGAUUGUACAGUGUCAGAAAGCAGGGAUGGAGUUUCAUGAAGAGCUUCAUAACCUGGGUGCAAAGGAAGGUUUGAAAGGGAGGAAACUCAACAAGGCAACUGAGAGCUUUGCUUGGAACAUCACAGUGUUGAAGGGACAAGGAGACCUGUUGAAGAAUGCCAAGAAUGAAGCCAUAGAAAACAUGAAGCAGACCCAGCUGGCGUGUUUGUCCUGUGGACUGAGCAAGAGCCCCAGCAGCGGUGCGGAGGCCAAGGGCAAACGCAGCCUGGAAGCCAUUGAGGAGAAGGAGAGCAGUGAGGAGAACGGGAGGCUGUGACUCCGGGCGGCCUCUGCACAUCCACCCGUCCUUCUUAUCAAGGACUCUGGCCACUCAUUGCCGUUUCUUUGUGUUUUUAGAUGUUCACAAAGGGAUGUCUCUCUACGGAGUGUUGGACAUAAGCAGAUAUUUUUCACUGUGUCAGUAUUUUCAUGUAGUUAAUUUAUCUAAGUUAUAUCUUUUGGCAGCAGUGCUUUAAGUUCUGAAGUGUGAGUAUACACCUAUGUGUGGAUGUCUAGAGAGAGAGGAGAAGAGAGAGGAGAGAGAUACUGUUAAAAUCUAUUCUACGUUGCAUUAUUCAUUUAGUAAGUUAUUCUAUCUGUGUGAUCAUUUGGGACAAAGUUGUUAAUUUGAAAUUCUAAUGAACACUUUCUGUAACCUGUUGCUAUGGUUAAUUUUACUUUGCUGCCUUUGUCAUUUAAUGUAGAGGUCUUAACAUAGUUUAUUAUUGAAAAAGCCAAAUUUAUGAAAGCAUAGGUGUUUUGAUAGAUCAAAUAUGAUUUUAAAAUCCCUAAGAAUUAUAGUAUAAGUAAAAGAGAAUUUAAAAAAUAUCAAAAUCAAAUUUUGGAAAGAUUGGUAAAGUCAUUUCUUCAAUUAACAAACUCUUUAAAAUAUUUAUAAAAUAAAAUCAAAUUUUAGGAAAUUUCUGUAGUUGUUUACUAGAUAUUUUGUGUCAGUAGAAAAGUUGACUAUAAGUGACUAUAUAACACCAAUGAGGUACUUUCAAACACAUUGCAAACUCUGCUGUAGUUAGGAUUUUGAUGUGACAAUAACAUUCAGUUAUAGAAAUUCAAGAUUUUCAGGAAGUUCUUAUUCUUUUGAACCAGGAGACUAGCGUUCAUUGUCUGUAACAGAUGUGGGCAACCAAGAGAUCCUGUCUUGGAUUGAAUUUAUUAUAGGUACUAAGCCUAAAUUUAAAGAAUUUUCACACCAUAUCAUAUCAUCAUGUUGAGCUGAUGUAAAUUCCCUAAGUCAGGUAAUGUCUUCAUGAUGAUUUCAGAACUGAUUAGAAAACAUGAUAUAAUUUUAACACAUACAUAAAAACUCAUACCAAGAAGCAAAUGACUAAUUAGGAUACAUUUAUAAUUGUCUCUAGAUAAUUUUUAACCUAAUGUCUUCAUAAACUGCUUGAGUGUAAUGUGUGUUUCUUACUUCCAACAGAACUAAAUGUUCUAUGGUUAUGAAAGAAUAUAUUUAUUUAAAACAUUGCUUUUAUUUUGAAAAGCUUCUCAAUUAAUUUGAUUAACAAAUAUGCUAACUUGGGGGAGCCUAAAGAAGAUAAUUGUUGAAAUUUUGCAAAUAUAAACAUCUUCUAUAGCUACUGUGUUAUUUCUGACUUCUUAACACUAUCAUGUUCAUGUUGCACAUUACUGAAAGAGUAAAGAUAUCAAAAAUA